CAUAUUGGAAGAACCAAGUGGAAGUUGGUCAAUCAGUGAUCUUAAUUAUUAUUGUUUGUUACAAAUAAGUGAUACACAUUAAAAAAUUGCUUAAAAUAUUUAAUUUAUUUAUUUUUUACUUUUAUACUGCGCAAAUUAAUUGACAAACGAUAUAAUUAAAUUUUUGCAAUACUUUUGACGAAUACGUCACAGCGCCAUGUUGUAUUCCUGCGCUGAUUGCAGGCACGAGAAAUCUGCCAAUCCGUUUAUUUUUUGGGAUUAGUGCCCGAGAAUAAAUCGAACUGCGAUUUUGUACUCAAAUAUAUUUUAAUUUAUAUUUGUUGGCAAAUGUCAAACAACUUUAGUGAAUUCGAUGCAUCCCUGUUGUCGCAUUUUGAGUGCUAACUCCUAAUUUCAACUGCAGUUUUGUGCAUCCGCGAAAGUUGAAAGGACUGUGUUGUAAAAGAAAGAAGUGAUAAUUAGCCAAAAUUCCGGUCCCUACGCGCAGACGAGAAGGUGCCUACCCGCCGGGGCAGUCAGGCGAAGGAGAUAUGAACAACAAACGAAAAAAUCGCCAAGGGCCGCCGAGAUCGCCCCGAGGCCGAGUGGUAGCAGAAGGUGUAUACAAUAACGCGCAUUUCAUGCACGCUGCGACGUCGCACGUCGGUGACAUCGUCCAAGUUCUCACGCAGUCCGGGAGUCUAUGGGAGGGUGUUUUCAAAACGUUCAGCGCUCAGUUUGAGGUCGUACUAGAGGUGGCACAUCGAGUGGACCAAGAAGGCGUCGUAGCAGUCGACUCCGUGGUGGAGAAGUUGAUCUUCAAACCGCAGGAUGUCGUUUCCAUCAGGGCCAAGGAUUCGGACCUCGAGUACGCGACCCACGACGUGUUUCAGACUGAUAGCGCCAUAUCUAACAAGUUUAAUGGUAACGGUCGGUCAGCAGAGGAGCGUCACUUAGAGCCCUGGGACGGCGAAACCGAAGCUGCUGAAGCGCCAUCGUUGAACGGCGACGCUCGACUCGACGACCUCGAACUCGAUCACCGCGCCAACGGCUGGGACGCGAACGACAUGUUCCGUAAGAACGAAGAAAUUUACGGAGUUCAUAGCACUUACGAUCACUCGCUGGCCGGGUACACGCUCCCGUUACAGAGGAAGGACACACAGGAUUAUAGGGACGCAGAAGCUAAAGCGGAAGAGAUAGCAGCCGAAAUAGAAAGUGCACCGUCGUAUAAGGCGCGGCUGGAGCUCGAAAAUGGUGACGAAGAGGAACGGUUCGCGGCCGUCGUGCGGCCCGCAGACACCGGCAAGUACGUCAUACCGAACAAGAGGAAGAAUAUGCAGACGGGAAAACUAGUGAAGCCAUCGAACAACAACGGGGGCGCGUCCCCCAGCGCCGGCGGGAAGCCCCCCGCCUUCUCGCACGCACCUCCCAAGGACAAGGAGCAUCGUCCGCCGCGACACCACCUCACGCCCCCCUCCGACCGGCGGCCCGAGGACCAGCCGGCUGCGAGCCCGGCGCCGUCCGGCGCCAACCCGGCGGGCGGCAAGAGCUACGCGGCGCAGGCCGGCGGCUACCACGCGCCGCCCGCCUUCCCGCACCACGCGCACCCGCACGCGCACCACGCGCAGGCAGCAAGCGGAAAGAUGAAUGGCGAGCCUCGAGCGGCGCCCUUGCCUCGUCAGGGCUUUCCACCACACCACCAUCACAACCCUCCCCCGGGCGCGGACACGCACGCGCGGCCGCCGCGACACCACGCGCCGCCGCCCGAGCCGCGCCGCCAGGACGAGGUGCAGGAGCUCCGGAAGUUCGGGCAGGAGUUCAAGCUGGUGUCCUCCCCCGCGCCCGCCGCGCCCGCUCCGCCGCCCGCGACGCCCGUCGUGUCCGCGCCGCCGCCGCCCCAGCAGACUUCGGGUACAUCGAGUCCACCCGAGGUCUCGGCCAACGUUGGAGCUCCGUCGUCGCCGCCCAAGCGCGAGCGCGUCCACAAGCCGCCGCACGAACCCACGCCCACGCCGACACCCACACCUGCCCCCGCACCUGCACCCGCGCCUGUUCCCGCUUCACUUCCUCACCACAAGCCCCCGUCGGGUGGCAAGGACGACCCCCCGGAGGCGCGCUCGGGCGCAGCUUCUCCCGCCGCCGUCACUCUCAAGAAAUCUACACUCAACCCAAAUGCCAAGGAGUUCAACCCCAGCGCCAAGCCCUUCACGCCGCGCAGUCCUACCACACCCGGACACAGCAGUAUGUACUAUUCCAGACCGCACACGCCGGGCACGCCGGUGGGCGUGGGCGGCGUGGGCAUGGGCGUGGGCGCGGGGCUGGGCGGCGUGGGCGUCAUGGGCGCCGGCGUCAGCUACGUGCCCGCGCCGCCGCCGCCGACGCACAUGGUGGCGGCCGUCCCCGCCUACGCGAUGGUGGCGCAGCAGCCGCCCGCCUACCUGCCGCACCCGCACCCCAUGGAGGUGUCGUGCGAGUGCCGCCAGUACGCGCCCUUCCUCGUGCUGGACAAGCGCGAGCGCGACGCGCUAUACGGUGCGGCCAUGGGUGGCGGUGGCGGGGUAGGCGGAGCGGGCCAGCAUUCGCAGCUUCCAACACAGUCGCAGAGAAACUUCAGGAAAGGGUCCGGCGUGCAGGUGGCGGCGGCGACGGGGCAGCCGCUGCUGGCGCCGGCGCCCAUGCAGCCCUUCGUGCCCUACCCGCACCCGCACCCCGCGCACCCGGCGCACCCCGCGCAGCCCGCUCUGCAGUACCAGCACAUGGUGCGCAUGUACCACCACGGCGGCGGAGGAGUAGGAGUCGGCGGAGGGGUGGGCGUCGGCGGCGUGGGAGUGGGCGUGGGCGAGUACGCGCCGCCGGCGCAGUCCCCCGUGGCGCCGUCGCCGCUGUACCCGCCGCCCUCGCCCGCGCACACGCCGCACCCGCACCCGCACCCGCACCCACACCCGCACCACCACUACCAGCAGCCGCCCUUCCAGGUGCUGUGCCCGCUGAUGGGUCCGGGCGGCGCGCACCACCACCACCACCACCCGCACGUGGCCUAUCUCAACCACGCCCCACCCACCGCCAGCCCACCGCAUCACCCGCAUCAAGUUCAGCAGGUGCUGCUGCCGCCGCAGCACCAGUCGUCGGGCGGCUCCAGCACGCCGGGCGUGCACUCGUCGCACCCCUAACCCGCGCGCCGCUAGCACCCGCCGCGCCCGCUGCAUUUAGAAUGGUACCACCAGCGCCGCCACCGACACCGCCGGGGGGACUACGUCGUACGUUACUACGUUUGCUACCGAUCGAACUUUUACGUGUGAUCGUGGUGGGACGCGAGAGAGUCGUCUCCUCCGAUGCGACCCGAUCGUUCCGUUCUUUUUUGUACUGUAUCCGAUAGUCUCGUGUCCGAUUCGUCUCCGAUUGUCCGAUCGGAACCGAUCCUCGCUCGAUGGACCGUUUGCCGCCGCGAGGGUCGUCUCCGGCGAGACGUCUCUCGAUCCGAUAAUCGGAGGUUAUAGUCAUACGCUAAUGUCGAUUUAGUUCUGUCGCUAUAAUAUAUAAGGAAUUAUUGUUUAAACAUAAAUUAGCACUAAGUAUUUAAUCUGGAUUUGCUCAUUCGUCUAAUCGCGAUCUCGUUGGAGCAGUGAGCGAAUCCGGUUUAUAUUAUGCUAGAUAUAUUUAUUAAUGAUAUAUGUAUCGUGUUUUAAAAUUCAACAAUAGAAAAUUAUGUCAAAUUAUCAAAAAAAAAAAAAUACAAUUAUCGAGCGGUCAUUGUAGUGUGUAAAUUUUUAUAUUUAUAUAUUAUGUGGAAAAGGAAUCUAAAGUGUACUCUCUGAAUACAUUCUAAAUGCAGACAAAAGACAUUUACGUUAAAUUCAAAUGUAAAUAUUAGGCGAGGAUGGAGCUAAUACAAUCAAUAUAAGAUAUAUUUAUUAAAACAACCAUAUAUAGGUUAACAUAAGGUUUUUUUUUUUCUCUCAAAUAUAUAUUAAAAAGUUGUUAAUUAUAUAUGUAUAAUGAAUUUAUAGACUGAUUUAUUAGCUCCGUCAAACUUGUGAAAACAUUUAAACGAAAAGUAAUAACUUGCCUUACCGUAGUUAUACGCGUAACGCAAUAAUUGUGAAUCGUUUCUUUUUAAAAAUAAUUUCAUCGCUGGCAACACUGAUUAUGUACGGGGUAAAUUAGAUAGCUUUUUAAUCGUCGUGUUCCAGUGCUGCCAGCUUUUUAAUACCAGUGUUUAAGUAUAGUCGGUUAGGUUAGCACGGCGGGUUGAGCAGUGUGAAUAUCGUACAUCCGGUCCCAAGACGCCGUUCGUUCUUGACUAACGAACACAAUGUCAGGGAUCAAUUUGUAUUAUAGUUAGAUAAUUUUCUCAAUUGGUUGACGGGAUUUGUAAAUUUUACAUGAUUGUUUAUAUGUGCAAAACAUUUAAAGACUUAUUUUUGUUUAAUGAAGCCUCUAUGCUGCAAUACCUUUACCAAAAUAAGAAUUAAAAAAAACAUUUUUAAACGUUUACUGUAAUGUCUGACAUAUAAAAAAACAAGAACAUUUUAAACAAUAUUUGCGUAACAUUCGACGAAAAAUAAUAUAAAAAUAUCACAUAUAUUUAUCAUUGUUUACAGGUAAAAAAUACAAAUUCAAUCAGCCGUUAUGUUUCCUUAUCGCCCUCUCGGAGAGCGUUGUAUUUAUUUAGAAUAUAUUAGUUACUCGAUACCGCGGUAUAACGCAAAUGUCAAUUAGGCUCGACGUGUAUUUAUCGCGUUCAUUAUCUGUGGACUAAUGUCACUUUCCUGUUUCAAUUAUUGAAGCUUAGAAUGUGUGUCGCCAGUUUAAAGCGAAACGAAAAUGGUAACUCUUUAACGAUAAAAUGAUAAAAUAAACGGCCUGCGGAAUACAUUGAAAAGGGAAUAUUAAUUAAAAAUAGAAUCAGAUUAUAAUUUACCUCAUGAAAGUUUUCUAAGUUGGCAGACUUUUUUUUAACUCUAUAUUAUUUUUUCGGUUAUAUAGUAAUAAUUUAUUUUUAUUUUAAUACACUCGCAAGCAGUCACGAAUAAGUAGAAGUAUCAAGUCAGCGAUGCUCAAUUAAUAUUAUUGACUAAGUAACUACUAUCUAGUGGCGGCGCUAGGCCAAACGAUGCUCUAGUGGUCUUGACCAACGAUUUAAUCGGUUAAAAUGACUUAAACCAUAUCAAACUUCAAACAUGAAAAAAGGUGAAAUUCUUGAACCCAUGUAGAUUCUUGUUGAGUAAAAUUCAGUGAAUAAAUAAGUUUCCCGGGGUGCUUGGAUAGCUAAUGUCAACGCUGGCUACUACUACUGGUAUGCGUGAUGUAAUCAAGUUAAACUUGCGAAUAUGUAGUUAUAUAUAUGUUGAUGCGUUUGUGAAUACAGCGGCUGUCAUAGCCAUUUAGCCUGUUAAAAUAUGUUAGUAACACAUACAAACUCAGUAAACACCUUUCCUUCGAGUGGCGAGUAGUGCUUUGAAAACUUCUAUAUACGAUAUUUUUAUAUGCUUAGUGAGUUAUUAUGACCGGUGACACAUAUUCUAAACGCAGGUGAUCUCUUUGAUUGAUUUAAAGAUCGCCGUCAAGGAAAUUCUCUAAUAGCGGUAUAUAUUUAUAAAAUAUUUAUUUCUACUGUUACUGCCUUUGAAAUGUUGUGCUACUCGCGUGAAUUAUAUAAAUGCGAUUAGGGCGCAAGUAGAAUUGACAAUAAAAUAUAAUUUGUUAGUUAUAGGGCCCUCGGAGAAUCGACGGUACGGGAUUUUGAGUCCUAUGUUAGGUGGGAUAAGACUCAAAAUACAUAUAUCGAUAAUCGUGGCAACUACAGUUAAUUUGUACAUAUAGAUCGGAUAUCACAUUCGCUUCUUCGUGUCUGAAUCCCUCCCAUUCUUCCACACUGCACCCAAAUAUAUGACUCCCAUACAUAAAUUCCAUAUUUUAAUUUAUUCCGAUUUCAUCGUUAUCGAAGCGAUGCAGGUUUCUUUAUUUUGCGCUAAAAGUCAUUUACUAUCUAAAUUAUAGUUUUGUGUGGGAUCUAAGGCGUGUAUAUAAUACGAACAGCGAUGUUCCUCCCGUAGAAACAUAAGUACUACAUACCAUAUGAUGAUUACAAUACCUGUAAUUUGUACGUAGUUGUUUUGAUUUGUUUCUGCGUACCUUAUCCAGAAACUGAUGCACGUCCACCAACCUAAAAUAUAUUUAAAAAAAUUUAAACCAUUUUUGUAACCCUGUAAUGAUACCUGGGUACCUGAAAGACCGAGGUGUUUUAAUACUGCUGGGCCAGGUUCGUCUGUGAGUGUCUGUUUGUUCAUUUGUAUUAAGGGGGGCAUAGUCCAUGACCUCCGCGCGGUGCUCCCUGGGUAGCGCCAAACGUGGACUCGCAUUCACAUUACAUCGAAAUACGUCUACGGCACGCGCAAGAAUACGUCGAUAACGUAAAACGACUGAGAAUAUUAUUCGUUAUCACACUCGAAGAAACAUUAUGGUUAGUUAUUAUUAAUAGACGAAAUUCAAGUUCUCGGCCAAAUUAAUAGUAUGUUCUACGAGUAUGAUAUCGACUUAAUGUUUCUAAAUCAAGGGCUCACGCGGAUAUCUAGGGAUGUUGUGCCCUAAUGCCCUGUUAUUCUUACAAAGGUUAGUCUACAACGAGCGAUUAUAUUUCAACAAUACUCAUAAUGAAACUAAUCGAUUGUUAGUUGCGCUCGUUGGAAACGGACCAUUUAAGUUUAUUAGACAUUCAAUUUUGUAUUAUGAAACGUGUUAAAUAUAAAUUAGAAUGUACCUAUAAUAGACGUAUACAACUAUAAUGAUAAAAAUCGCGUGACGAUAAAUGUAUAAAUCUCUCCUAAGUCCAUAGAAUCUAAGGUUAAUGUACAUAUGUAUAUAUAUAAAAUAUAUUAAAAGGGAAAUCCCUCGAGUCCUUUCCCGAAACGGUUUCUGUUCUAUUCGUGUAUGAUUUGUGAUGUAAAAUACGAAAACGAUAACUUGAAAAAAAAUCACAAAAAAAAAAAUGGAAAGGGCCUAUGAGACCCCCUACCACGUAAUCGACGUGUUGAUAGAUAGAUGAAACUUCAAUCGAACCAGUGGUAGGGGUCGUACCUAUAUUAUUAAUGUUUUUUUUUUUCACUUUUGUUUUUUUUUUUAUUAAAUUUUAUUAUAGCGUGCGUGAUCCACCGCGUAUGUUUGUUGCUAGUGACGUGAGUGAGAGAAAAUUCUAAGUGCGUCUGUUGUUUGUUGUACGCCAUAUAAGUAAAUAUGAUAUAUUAUAUCGAUAUGAUUUCGUGUUGCAACACUAGUUUGCGGAGAGGUCUUGUUUUGUGGUAGCAUUAAGAGGAUACUAUAGAGGUACUAUCAGAAUUUAAUUGAAAGAUGUUUUCUUUUUUGGAAAAAUAAUUAUAUUCGAAUCGUGGAGAGGUGUAUUCACCGGUUCGAUGCACGGUUGUGGAUGUUAUUUUGUAUAACAGACAACUGAUUUUUGUAAUGUUAGGACGGGUUCACAUUGAUGAAAAAUUUCAACGUUUUUCUCAACGGAAAAGCAAUAAUCUCGAUUUCAAUGUUUGUUCCAAUUUUGAAGACAUGUUUUUGAUAUAUAUGUAUUUGUGGUAUAUUAAGAAUUUAUUAAUAUUGUAUCAAGGAACACGAUAUAAUACACUGUGAGCCCGUCAAUACAACGAUGACGUCAGAGUUACGACGCUUGUAACUUUACCAUAACUGAACUAUAGACUGACGAAUCCUAAUUUUGACCAACUCAAUACUAUAAGUUUGCUCAUUGUACAUAUGUAUUUCAUGUCAUUUUCGUGUUUAAAAAAAAAAAACAAGUUAAAGUUACAAGUAAACAACGAUUCAGGCGCCACGUGACUUUUUAAACCGUGUAUUAGUUUUACUUUGCAUUAUGUAUGAUGUACUACACUGAAAAUGUUUGUUUAUAUGAUAAUAAUGGGACGAUGAAAAUUUUACGGUAACGUUUUUUUUUUAAGAAAAGAAGAAAUGAAAAUUGUUACAUUUUUCAACGGACGGCUUCUCCAAGUUAAACGAACCUCCGUGCUUUCAAAAACAAAUACGUAACAAUUAUUUCAAUAUCACGACUUUGUAACCUGUCACGGCCAUUAUUGACAGAACUCCUAGACCUUUAUAAUGUCGCAAACGAAUGAGACAUUUUGAAUACGAUAUAUGAUUCAAUCGUAAGCCGAGCGUAAUCGAUAAACAACUUUAAUUUAAUGACACUAGAGUAUAUUAUAUGUUGCCGAUGAAUAACGUAUGAUCAGCUUCUUUAUGUUUUGUACCUGAAAUAUGGCACUUUUAAUUGCAUAUGUAAAUAUUCAAACGUGCAGAUUGUAAGUAUAUGAAGGCCAGCUGCGUGCGAGCCGCGUGUAGAUGUACUAUUGAAUGCCUUAUCGGAUGUGUGGAGGUCACCUUGUCUCGCUGCCAGCUGAGCGGACCCGUUCCGUGCGAGCGAGCGGAUCGUGUUAAGACUGAGGUUAUGAUGGAAGGUUUUAUAUGGAGCUACGCUCGAUGCCUAUGUAUAAGAAUGUAUGAUAUGCUUGGCUUUGAAGAACAAUUUUAUUUUGUUUAAGUGUGAAGCUUGUUCUGCGCCCCCGGGCGACUCUAGAUAGUGCCAAGGCACCGUUUUACUACUAUGUUGAAUGACGCGUACAGCUGUGUCGACGGAUAUUUUUCAAUAAAAAAGAUAAAAAAUGUGUUUUAAACACAACA